AUGGUCCAUCCUACCGCAUACGACAAUCUACCUCUAUUCCAACCUGAACUGUCCACCGCUGACCGCGCUGCAUCCCAUCCCAACGCAUCCAAACAUCAAUUUGCCUCCUGCAAGGCUGACCAUGCUGAGCAUCGUCGUGCCGCGGGAGUCGAGAGUUCUGUCUACCUACACGGCGAGGGCAAAGUGAACGUUAGGGACUUCCUGCAGACGGAAUGCUUUCCAGGGUUAGAACUUCCGAGAGUUUCUCCUGAGAAGGUCAAACGAUUUCAAAAGUUCCUGGACAAAGUACAAGCAGUCCAGACGUCUAGCGGGUGGUCCGAGCGUCCUAUGUAUACCCCACUGGUAAAUUCGUUUGUAGAUAUAUCAACAAAUGCCGUCCGCACGCGGGCGUUGCCACUUCGCUUCCAUACGUGCGCAGAUUUACGGCCCUUGGAUUCUAAUGGGGGCGUGAGAGCGUCCCCCGAUAUUGCCAUACACGACAAUAAUGGAAAGGAAGCAUAUUGGGGUCGAAGCUUAGCAUUUAUUGAGGUCAAGCCAACGGAGGCAGAUGAUCCGUUCUACAACAUCCACGAGCGCAAGGAGCUCAGAAUGGGGCAGACGAAGGUUUGGAACCAAAUACAAGAGUAUGCCGCGAUCUCGUUCCGCAGUACUCCUCGUUGUUUUCUCCUGGCCAUCGGUAUCUUCGGCGAUACCGCUCGCUUCUUCCGAUGGGAUCGGUCUACAGUCAUGGCCUCCGAAGGGUUCAAUUAUAAGCGCCAUCCCGAACAUCUCGUUCACUUUCUCAUUGGGCUCUCCGAAUACGCGAGCGGUGGAAUAGACGCCACGGCCAACGCUCCGAUUACCGCGCGCGCUGAACAGGAGCUGGUGGAGAGACAGUACAAGAUUGCGCAACAGCUUCUCGUCGUCCCGGAGUACAAGCCUUCACGAAAGGGCGACACCCUGGUCAAAGACAGUCGUCGUAUGCUGAUCCCCUCGCCAUCCCAGACGGCUGGAAAGAAACGAUUUGACACGUACCUGACCCUGGGGCGCCCCAUAUUCACUAGCAAAUCGAUCUUCGGUCGUGGUACGUGCGUCUGGGUAGCAACAAGAGCCACUCCUAAGCGUGGGGGGAAGGAAUCGUUGGUCAUUAUCAAAGACUCCUGGCGGGAGAACGGACGAUGGAAGGAAGGACAGAUAUACGACAAGAUACGCGAAGCAGGAGAGCACGUACCCGGUGUUGCCCGCCUUCUUGUCGACUAUGAUAUUACCGAGGACGAGGACGACGAGAUCCACCGAACGUCAGCGUUCCGCCUCAACCGUAGCUUUAAGAGCAACCAGAAGAAGAAGAAGAAGUACAAGGAACUCAUCCAUCACCGAGUUAUUCUCCCCUCUGUCGGGAUUCCCCUAUCGCGCUUUACAUCUACGCGCCUCCUCCUGGAGGCUGUGAGGGAUGCGGUUGAAGGCCACAAAACCAUGUGUGCCCGGCGUGUUAUACAUCGGGAUAUCAGCGUCAAUAAUAUUAUGAUAAGUGCGGAUGUGGAAGCCGAAGGAGGAGCCAAAGGCUUUCUCAUAGACCCAGAGCUAGCGGCAGCAACCGGGAUGGCUAAUCUGCAGGCGGAAUUGCAGCAUCUCACUGGCACGUACCAAUUCACUUCCAUACACCGAUUCCUUGUUGCGAAACCCGGAGACCACGCCCCAUGGAACGAUCUAGAGUCAUUUUACUGGGUUGUGCUAUUCGUCGUGCUACGGCACACAGUGGCAUAUGUCGAAGAAGAUGGCAAGAGGACCGGAGCUGAUAAACUAAUAAAAGAGCUCUACGACGGCGGCAGUCAUUCUCCCAAACUAAAAAGGAUAUUCUUGGGAGGAGAUGUCGCUCAUAUUGUUGUCGAAGGAAACGCGCCGUUGACGAAAUGCCUCGUCCAGUUUGGCCGCCUUGUUUACAGCCAUUAUCGCGAUGAAGACAUACAGGUGCUGCUUCCUCAUGCAGUUAAUCGUCUUACGCACGACAACGUUCUCUCUGUGAUCAACGAAGCUCUAGCUUCGGAGGGAUGGCCUGCGGACGAUAAGGCUAUUCCCUUCGCCCUGAUUGAGAGGCCCAGUGUCCAGGAGAAUAAGGAGACCGGGCUUGCGUUGGAAGGACACGGGGAAAGCUGUACUAUGGCAUCGCUUCCGCAUGCCGCAUCCGUGUCCAACGAAGGUUCCGCCGAAAUGAACGACCCCUCAUCAUCGCAUGCCGCCUCCGUAUCCAAGGGAGGUUCUGCCGAAGUGAAUGAUCCUUCACCACAGCUGACAUCAUCCCAGAAGCACAAGAGCAUCCCAGUUGGAAAGAAAGAGGAAAGUGGGACCCGUCUGCGCAGGUCUGCGCGGCUUAAUCAGCUCAAGGUCGAUGGGGGAAAGCAACAGAAAAGGCCGAGGGCGGAAGAGCUUGCUCCUACUGCAGCUUCUAAGCCAAUCUCAAAACGUUCUCGACAGCAGCCUGCAAAGGAUGUUCCUCUCAGGCGUUCCCAGCGCAUUGCUUCCUCUACCGCCGCCCCGAAAGGACGAGAAGCCGCGAAGGCGAGAGCUACCGCCCACCGCCCACGCUCGACUCGCAACGCUUGA